AUGGCUAUACCGACCUCGGGCGUCCUCUUGUUCCUUCUACUGGCCACUCCAGUCUACAUCCUUUCGUUGGUCGUGUAUCGCCUAUACCUGCACCCUCUGGCGAAAAUCCCGGGGCCCAAGCUGGCCGCGGCGACCAGCUGGUACGAGUUCUACUACGAUGUAGUCGGCCGAGGGGUAUUCUGUUGGGAGAUUAAGCGGAUGCAUGAUGAAUACGGCCCCAUUGUGCGAAUCAACCCCAACGAGGUGCACAUCCUCGACACCGGCUUCUACGACGAGAUUUACGCGCCGGCCUCGAAGAAGCGCGACAAGUACGCCGACUACGUCGUCUUCCUGGGCGUGCCGACGGGCGCCUUUGCGACGUGCCCGCACGACCACCACCGCCUCCGUCGCAAGGCGCUCAACGUGUCCUUUUCCAAAAAGGCCAUUUACGAGAUUGAGCCUCUGAUCCAGGCCAAGGUCGACCUCCUCUGCGGCCGGUUCGGGGACGUGGCCCGCGGGGACAGGGUGGUGCGCCUCGACGCCGCCUUCUUCGCCCUCGCCAACGACAUCAUCACCGAGUACAGCUUCGGCGAGGGCUACGACUGCCUCGGCAAGGACGACUUCCAGGAGAGCUUCAAGGGGGUGCUGCUGACGGCCGUCGAGGCCGGCGCCUUUAUCCGCCAGUUCCCGUGGGUCGUGGGCGUGGUCAAGGCCCUCCCCUUGCCGGUGCUGCGCCGCGUCAGCGCCGCGUUUGCCAGCCUCUUGCAGUGGGAGGCCAUUGUCAACAAGAGGGUCGAGACGCUGGUCGCGGCGGCGCGCGCGGGAAAGCCCCUCGCCGACAGGUCCGUCUUCUCGACGCUGCUGCGCGGCGACCUGCCGCCCGAGGAGAAGUCGUUUCAGCGCCUGAUUGACGAGGGCAAGUCGCUCAUGGGCGCGGGUAGCGAGACCACCUCGUGGACUUUGACGCUGCUCAUGUGGUAUGUGGCACGGGACGCGCGGAUCCUUUCCAGGUUGAGGGAGGACCUGAGAGACAUGCCUGACGGUGUGGCCGCGUCGUCGCUGCUCAAGUGGCUGGAGCAGAGGCGAUAUCUGAGUGCCGUGGUGACCGAGGCGCUGCGGUUCGACCACGGUGCCAUUGGGCGCUUGCCGCGUAUUGCGAAUGAGCCGCUGCGGUACAAGGACCAUGUCAUACCGGCUGGGACGCCGCUGAGCUCGACCAACUACUGGGUUCACAUGGACGAGACGAUUUUCCCAGACCCGGCCACGUUUUCUCCCGAGAGAUGGCUCGAGGCGGAGAGGGAGGGAUUCCCCCUCCAGAAGUACAUGGUGUCUUUUUCAAAGGGCAGCCGCCAAUGCGUUGGCCAAAAUCUUGCAACGGCGGAGUUGUACCUGACGGCGGCGGCGCUGGUUACACGCUUCGAUUUCGAGUUUGUCGGCACCACGGAGCAGGACAUCCUGCCGGCCCGCGACUGUUUUAUUCCACGGCCCGUGGUUGGCUCACCCGGCGUGUAUGUCAAGAUCAGGGGCGUGGACACGGAAAACAAGAUGGCUUCUAAUUAG